AUGGAAAAGGUGGACGCUGAAGAGACUACAGCAGUCACUACGGCCAAUGAAAAGCCCAAGGAAAGAUUCAAGACUGAGAACAAAGAUCAGAUUCAUUUGAAGGUGGCGGGGCAGGAUGGUUCUGUGGUGCAGUUUAAGGUUAAGAGUCAUACACUACUUGGUAAACUAAUGAAAGCUUAUUGUGAAGGACAGGGUUUGUCAAUGAGGCAGAUCAGAUUCCGAUUUGACGGGCAGCCAAUCAAUGAAACAGACACACCUGCACAGUUGGAAAUGGAGGAUAAAGAUAAAAUUGGUAUGUUCCGGCAGCAGACAGGAGGGGGCUACUAA